AUGGUGUUAGAGCAGGGCUGGGCGCGCAGGCCUGCACCUGAGCAGCACAGACAUUGUGAAGGAUGCAUCAACCGUCACUGCCAUGUUCCGGUGGAACCCAGCAUCUCCUGCCCGGUGGUAAGCUGCCACCUACUCUGUGGCACUACCUUCCACAUGUGCAAAGAGGCAGAGCAUGCACUCCUCUGCCCUCUGGAGCAGGUUCCGUGCCUCAACUCGGAGUAUGGCUGCCCACUCUCCAUGGCUCGCCACAAGCUGGCGAAGCACCUGCAAGUGUGCCCAGCCAGCGUGGUCUGCUGCUCCAUGGAAUGGAACCGCUGGCCCAAUGUGGACUCAGAAACCGUCCUUCAUGAGAACAUCAUGAAGGAGAUCCCCAGCGAGGAAUGUUUGGACACUGCCCUGGCCCUCCAGGACCAGAACGUUCUCUUCAGGUCAUUGAAAAUGGUAGAGCUUUUCCCAGAAACCAGAGACGCCACCGAGGAGGAGCCAGCCACAAAUGGUGACAACAGUUGGGAGGAGACCGGAGGUGCCGUGGGGGGCGUGGAUCCCAGGCCAGUACCACACUGUUGUCUGCCAGCAACCAACGGGCAAAUGAUGGAACUCAGUCAGGAGGAUCGAGAUGCACUGGCGAAAACCAAAGAAGGGAUGGACUUGGCCAAGUUUGGCAAAUGGGAAAGUAUGUUCAGCAAGGAGCAUGCGGCCUCGGUUUUAACGGGUGCCUCGGGGAAGAGCGCAGAUGAGGGUGGGAACGUGACUGGGAGAGAGCAGUGUUCCCUUGAUGGUAGCAAGGGUGAUGCAGAGGCAUCUCCAGGAGGAAGAGAACCACAGGAAAGCCCGCAGCCCCAGGAUCUUCCCGCUGCCUUGGAGAUGACAGGGCUUGCCCCCUGGCAGGAUGGUGUUCUGGAAAGACUAAAAACGGCCGUAGAUGCAAAAGACUAUAACAUGUAUCUGGUGCACAACGGGCGGAUGCUCAUCCACUUCGGGCAGAUGCCAGCUUGUACGCCCAAGGAGAGAGACUUUGUUUACGGCAAUCUCGAGGCUCAAGAGGUGAAAACGGUUUACACCUUCAAAAUCCCUGUGAGCUACUGUGGGAAGCGAGCUCGCCUGGGAGAUGCCAUGUUGAGGUGCAGACCAAGUGAACACAAAGCCGUGGACACGUCCGAUUUGGGCUUCUGUGUUGGAGACCUGCCCAAAUCCGAUCUCAUCAAGACCACCCUCCAGUGUGCUAUGGAAAGAGAACUCAAAGGCCACGUCAUCUCGGAAUCCAGGAGCAUCGAUGGGCUCUUUAUGGACCUGGCCACCCAAACAUACAACUUUGAGCCAGAACAGUUUUCCUCAGAGACAGUGUUGGCUGAUGUCCUGAGCACUGCCCAAGCCACAGGCCUGCACGUGGAGCUCCACAGUGAGUGCGUGACCCGGAGACACAAUAAAAGCAGCUCGGCCUUCACGUUCACUUGCAACAAAUUCUUCCGGAGGGAUGAAUUUCCCCUGCACUUCAAGAACGUACACACAGAUAUUCAGACUUGUCUCAAUGGCUGGUUCCAACAUCGAUGCCCUCUCGCCUACUUGGGAUGUACCUUUGUCCAAAAUCACUUCCGCCCCCCUGGACAAAAAGCUAAAGUGAUCUAUAGCCAGGAACUGAAGACUUUUGCCAUCAAGCCAGAGGUUGCUCCGGAGCUGAGUGAGGGAUGGAAGAGCGACCAGCUCUCGGGCCAUGGUAGGAAAAGCCGGAAUUCUCUAACCAGUCUGCCCCUGGAAGUUUUGCAAUACAUUGCUGGGUUUCUGGACAGCGUCAGCCUGGCCCAGCUUUCCCAGGUGUCAGUGCUGAUGAGAAACAUCUGUGCCACUUUGUUGCAAGAGAGAGGGAUGGUGCUCUUGCAAUGGAAGAAGAAGAGGUAUUCUCAUGGAGGCUCCUCCUGGAAAGUUCACAGUCAGACCUGGCAGUUCAGCAGCCUCUUCUCCAAAAUCAAGAGCUGGGAAUUUAACGAAGUCACCUCCAUGUCUGAACACCUGAAAACCUGUCCUUUCAAUGUCGUGGAACACAGGACUGACCCAAUCCGUUUGACCAGCAUGUGUCAGUCCCAAGAGCAGACCCAGGAGAGCUUGGUGUCCAUGUUUAGGGCCCGACCACGGGGUAGACACACCUAA